AUGGCACCUGAUACCGUUCUUCAACCAUUUGAGACGUGGGUGGUGCUCUGGUCUAUGUCAGCACGAUACGAUCUACCAGGGCGGCCUCGACAUACUGUAUCAGAGCAAGUCACCCGCCAAGUAGCAUCGACCAAUGGAAUUCCCAGUAACGAGAACCAACGUCGACUGGAAAUUCUCCGCGAUGGAUUGACUCGACAGUGCUGCUGUGUCCUGUCCAGAAUCGAUAGAGAGAGCGAGUAUUGUUGUGACGAUGAAAGCGUCUCUCUGGGGUUUAAGGCCGUUCUCAAGGUCAUGCACAAGGAUAUUGUGCUGCACUAUGCAAAGACUGCCGAAUGUCUCGAGCCAGUGUCGACUGGCCACGAUCCGAUCUUCUCCCAGCUCCCACGAGGGUUCGUGCCUUGGGUCGCCGGGCCGUCCCUGGAAAAGCCGAGCAAGGUAUUGUGCCUGGGGAGAGGAGGCCGGUCGAGAAUAGGUCAAGGUCGACAGAUUGUGGCUGAUGUUGUCACUAUCGAUGAUGCCUCGAGCCGACAGCCAGAUACUUCAGGUUUUCAGGCAGUAAAGGUCUUGCACCGGGGUGGAUCCUCAUGGAUGGCGUUCGAGGCUCGAGGCGACUGCACAGGGAAGUUGUCUGAACUAAUGGUAGUGCGCUCGCGAAGGCCAGGCAAUGCCUCCACACAAGAUUCUACAAGCGCGAUGCUAUCGUCGCCAAAUGAUCGGGAGCCUGACUGUCGGAUUCUGUUGAAGCAGAUAGAUGUGGGCAAGAACGGGCGGAAUGUGCCAGCUUCAUCACUCCUCAAACAAGCAGCUGCUGGGCAACAGCAGGCGAGGUUGGAUCUCCAACAUAUUCGGGAGCCACCGAAGCUGCGGACGCAGGCGGCCAAAGAGCCGAAAGAGCGUCGCCAACCAGAAACGACGAAAGGUCCGCCAUGCUGCCGAGUCGAUCCCAGACGGAAGCGAUUCUGCGAAUGCCCGUCCGACAAGGCUAGAAAGCCUCCGAUGGGACCGGUGGAUCGCAUGGCGAAGGACCCUUGUCACAACGCACGUUCUCGCCUCAUCCCGGUUGUGCUAGUAGGGGUGGAUGAGCUCUGGCAUGGAGCUCUGCGGGGUGGACCGCCUGGAAAGCAGCUGCCGCAUCUGAGAAACACAGAGGAAUCUGCUGCUUUGUGCUGGCGUCUCCGUGGUUCGUCCAUCGCCCAGGCAGAGAGCCCACACGCCACGCCACGCCACGCCACGCCACGCCAGCCGGGCCGUGGGUUGGGCGGUCACGAGCCCUGCCAGCGAGGCCCGUCUCCUCGGUGGGAUAUCGAUGUAGCCAGAGCGUCAACGGAUGAUCAAGUGUGGGCAAUGCCGUCCAUCCACCCCAGUCAAAUGCGUUCGCACGGGCAAUUUACGGGUGAGUCGAUCAGGUGGGUGGUUGACCGGGCCGUGCCGUGCCGUGCCGUGCCGUACAAAUGGCGGCAGGAUCCCUUUCAGACGACUCUGAGGGCAUGUUAUGUCGCAGAGACCGUCUUUUCUGGAACCUGCAAUUCCCUCUUCGGGAGGCCAGCCGUUGCCGGUGCGGUCGAUGGUCGGGACAAGCGUGCGAUCAGGCGAGGCGAGGCGAGGCGAGCGAGGCGAGACACGCUGAACGUGAUCAACAACCACGGCCAGGCACACAUGACGGAGGGGAGGAAAAGUCUCUCGAUCCUGGUCUGGCCUGGCUGCGGUGCGGGGGGCAGUGGCAGUGGCGCAGUCAGCUUCCAGGUUUGGCAGCAGCGCAGUGGUCGGCUGGAGGUGUGGUGGUGA